CCCAGCGGAGCUCAGCAGAACAAGCCGGGCGCGAUGGAUCGGGCGCAGGUGAUAAAGACCCUCCUGGCCAGGCCUCUUCGGGCCGACGCGCGUCGGUGGAGGAACCCGAUUCCCUUUCCCGAGACGUUUGACGGCGAUACCGACCGGCUCCCGGAGUUCAUCGUGCAGACGGGCUCGUACAUGUUCGUGGACGAGAAGACGUUCUCCAGCGACGCCCUGAAGGUGACGUUCCUCAUCACCCGCCUCACGGGGCCGGCCCUGCAGUGGGUGAUCCCCUACAUCAAGAAGAACAGCCCCCUCCUCAACGAUUACCGGGGCUUCCUGGCCGAGAUGAAGCGGGUCUUUGGAUGGGAGGAGGACGAGGACUUCUAGGCCGGGAGACCCUCGGGCCUAGGGGCGGGUGCUCUGGGGAGGGUCCUCUGCGCCAGUUGCUGCCUCCUGGAUUGCCACCGGUGCCCUACUGCGGAGCCUCCCUCCCCUUACCUCCAGAUGGGGAGAUCGUCCCGAGCUUCUCCCCCUCCUGUGUCGUGCUUGCCUUUGUUCCAGAAAUAGCGCUCCAGGCUGGCGCUGCUGCCUGUGGGCCUUGCUCUGGAGCCUCCGCCGCCCUCUCCUGCCAGCCCAGCCCCUCCCAUGCACAUUUGGACUCUGUCCUGUGCUCCAGCUGCAAGCUGGGGUCCUGUUACACACUGGACAGACCACCCGUAGCUGGCCGCUGCUCACCAUCCCCCUGCCACACUGCCAGAUUCUUGUGUCAUUCUGCUCACACACCUGCGCUGCCGCUGCUACUGCUGUCACCAUCCACUGCAUCCCACUGCCAGACUGCUGCUCUUAGCGAUCUAGACUCACCUUGGAGGUAUCUGAGCUGGCCACAGCCCUCGGACAAUAAUUCAGACAGCUAGCCACCCCCCUGAAUGGGGCAGCCAGCCUUUCACCUUCAGCAACACUCAUUUCUUUCCUACUCCCAAAGACCUCUUGUGUUCCUACCAGAUAGCUGCCAGGGCCCAGGUGUGCCUGGUGGCCAAAUCCAGUCACUCAUUUUUCCUAUGGACCAGUUAGUUUUGCCCAGAAUCCAUUUCUCUUCUGAAUUUGCAGCUGUCUCUGAUGUGUGCCUUUUGUUCAACACUAGAAUCCCUGCAGUCUGCCCUGCUCUUCUAUACUACCUGUACAAAGUCUUUUCUUAUUUUCAAUAAAUGUC